UGGUAUUUCGUAGUUUUUUCUGUUUUUAAAUAGUUUAUAUUACAGUAAAAUUUAUAAAAGGGUGAUGAUAAACAAUAAUGUUCAGUGUUUUAACGAAUAUGGUGAUUAUGUAUGUGGAUAUUGUGUUAUUACUGAUUUUGCUUUGCCUGAUAUUAUGUAUGUGCACGUACUGCGUAGUUCGGAUACGAAGGCUGCAGCAAAAUGGACAGGUGACCAUUUUACUGCGACCGACUAAAGUUAUGUUCUCGCACAAAAACGAAGAAAAUGGAAAGGAAGAGUUAAGAACCGUAGUAGCUUACCAGAAUCCGUUCACUGGUGACUAUUGCGUGAACAAAUCCCGCCCUCCCAAGGGCUACCUCAAUGCCCUGUCCAUGCCGUCACCCGAGUCCACGGACAGCGGAGUUUCUGAAGAGUACGAGCCGUUGAAACCUUUGGAUGGACGGAAGGUGGGCGACUAUGGACCUUUUAACGUGAGUGAAAAUAGUCAGUACAAAGCUACUGGGAUGCCUUGCCGCCGUUAUUCAAGUCUACUGACAGCGGAUUGCUGA